AGGAGAAAGAUGAAUAGGGCACCGGACGAGUGAGUGUGUGUGUGCAAGAAAGUCCAACCCCAAGCAAGUCUGCAUAAAGCUUGCAUCUUUAUGAGAUUCUCACAGGGCCAGACGUUUACUCUGCUGUAGCUACUCUUGCAGCAGCGCGGCAGCAUGGCCUGCGCGGUCUACCUCUAGCCCAGUACAACAAGCUACUCCUGCACCCGCUAUGCCAUGCCGUGCUAUGCUAUGCUAUUGACACUAGGGACAAGCUUCCAUGUCUCCACCCACACCUCCCAAAGCCAAAGCCCUCCUUUCUUGUCCGCCAUUACGCCAACACCUUGCCUGCCCUUCCUCUUCCUACCUGCUCACUUUCAGACACUGCCAAGGGAACACCAACACUCUGCUUCUGCUAGCUGCUCCAGUCCAUGCUCCUAGCAAAGCUACCUGCUCCCCCUUCCUCCUCACAUCUGCUGCCGCUGCCGCUGCUUGGUCACUGCUCCAGUGAGUCCACAAUGCCAUGCCCCUAGCCAAAGCUUUAAUCUUGCCCCCUCUUCUUUCUUCUUCUCCUUCCUCGAGCCAGCUCUUCUUCUUCUUCUUCUUCUUCCUCGAGCCAGCUCUCUGCCGCACUGACUGACCAGUGACCAGCAGCAUCUCUUCUCUUCUCUUCUCUUCUCUCGCCACCAUCAGCCAUGAUCACGGCGGCGGACCUGUACCACGUGCUGACGGCGGUGGUGCCGCUCUACGUGGCCAUGACGCUCGCCUACGGCUCCGUCCGGUGGUGGCGCAUCUUCACGCCCGACCAGUGCUCCGGCAUCAACCGCUUCGUGGCGCUCUUCGCCGUCCCGCUGCUCUCCUUCCACUUCAUCUCCUCCAACGACCCUUAUGCCAUGGACCUCCGCUUCCUCGCCGCCGACACGCUCCAGAAGCUCGCCGUCCUCGCCCUCCUCUUCCUCGCCUCCCACAUCCGCCUCCGCAUCCCCUUCUUCCCCGGCUCCGGCGGCGGGGGAGUGUCCCUCGACUGGGCCAUCACGCUCUUCUCGCUCUCCACGCUCCCCAACACGCUCGUCAUGGGCAUCCCGCUGCUCCGCGGCAUGUACGGCGGCGCCGGCGCCGGCGAGGACGCCGGGACUCUCAUGGUCCAGAUCGUGGUUCUCCAGUGUAUUAUCUGGUAUACCUUGAUGCUGUUCUUGUUUGAGUACCGUGGGGCGAGGAUGCUGGUCAUGGAGCAGUUCCCCGGCGGCGGCGGCGCGGAGAUUGUGUCGUUCCGUGUUGAUUCCGAUGUCGUCUCGCUCGCUGGCGGCGGCGGCGGGGAGCUGGAGGCGGAGGCCGAGGUCGGGGAAGACGGCCGGAUGAGGGUGACGGUGAGGAAGUCGACGGCCGGGACGAGCUCGCGCUCCGAGACGGCUUGCGGGUCGCAGUCGGCGUCGGCCAUGGCGCAGCCGCGGGUGUCCAAUCUGUCCGGCGUCGAGAUCUACUCGCUGCAGUCGUCGCGGAACCCGACGCCGAGGGGGUCGAGCUUUAACCACGCCGAGUUCUUCAACAUCGCCGGCGCCGGAGUCAGGGGAGACGAGGAGAAGGGCGGCGUUGGGACCGGCAAUGGCGGACACUCGCCGCAGCAGGGGAAGCGGAAGGACCUGCACAUGUUCGUGUGGAGCUCGAGCGCCUCGCCGGUGUCGGAGCGGGCCGCCGCCGCCGCCGCCGUGCACGCCUUCGGCUCCGACCAUGGCGGCGGUGCCCAGGCGUCGUACGAGGAGUACGGCGGGCAGGGGGAGGGGCCGGCGCUGUGCAAGCUGGGGUCGAACUCGACGGCGCAGCUUCGUCCCAAGGAGGAAGAAGAAGACGAGGAGCAGAGGGCGGCGGCGGCAAUGGCGAUGCCGGCGGCGAGCGUGAUGACGCGGCUGAUCCUGAUCAUGGUGUGGCGGAAGCUGAUCCGGAACCCCAACACCUACUCCAGCCUCAUCGGCGUCGUCUGGUCCCUCGUCUCCUACAGGUGGGGGAUCGAGAUGCCGGCGAUCAUCGCGCGGUCGAUCGCGAUCCUGUCGGACGCCGGGCUCGGGAUGGCCAUGUUCAGCCUGGGGCUGUUCAUGGCGCUGCAGCCGCGGAUCAUCGCCUGCGGCCACUCGCUGGCGGCGUACGCCAUGGCCGUCAGGUUCGUGGUUGGCCCUGCGAUCAUGGCCGCCGCCUCCCUCGCCGUCGGCCUGCGUGGGGUUCUCCUGCACAUCGCCAUUGUUCAGGCUGCUCUUCCUCAGGGGAUCGUGCCCUUCGUCUUCGCCAAGGAGUACAACGUCCAUCCAAACAUCCUUAGCACUGCCGUGAUCUUCGGCAUGCUGAUCGCUCUCCCCAUCACGCUGGCCUACUACUUCGUGCUGGGCCUCUGAACUUUUUCAGCUCAGCUCAGCUCAAAUUAGAUCAGCUCAACUGGGUGUUGCCACUGACAGUAUCAUCGUUCAGUACUAGUAGCAGUACAAUUUAGGACCAACCAACAGUGACUUAUUCCUCUCUCGCUUGGUUAAUCCAGCUUUAUUUACCGUGUUCGUCCAUUUAGGUCGUCUUAGGCAGGAGCAAUGUCGGCUUUUGGGAUUCGGCGACAGUUAUGAUUCGAGACUGAAGGAAGCAUUUAGGGAUAGAAAAAGCUCAGUUGUGUUAGCGUUGGCAGUCUUAAGGCAAUCUAAUUUUAUCUAAUCUGUAAGACAUUUUAUCAGAUCUAUUAUGGUGAUUCGGCGACAAUUCUCGUUUCAUGUUUGUUUCAUCAUUCAGAUGGACCUA